GCCCCCGCCUCCCUUCUCUCUCCCCACUUCGCUUCAUUUGUGCCUUUUGUCUUUUUUCCUUCGUUUCCAUGAUCCCACAAAAGCCAUGUGCCACGACUUUCCUCUGAAUCUCUCCCUUUCUUCUUCCUGAAACUCUCACUCUUCAAAUCCAUUCCUAGAAGCUGCCGAUUGUGCUUUCUGCUUCUGCUUUUUGGCGCUAAUGGCGAUCGAGGAGGACCUUGAGAGCUGUGGAAGCAGAGCCUGUGUGCAGUCACCGCAAGCUCAUCCUCGUCAACAUAGGAAGAAAUUGGAGGUGUUCAAUGAGGUGCUCCGUCGAAUCCAAGAGUCAAAUUGUGAGGAUGCCAAUGUUCCAGGGUUUGAUGACCAGCUUUGGCUUCAUUUCAAUCGUCUUCCUGCUAGGUACGCGUUGGAUGUGAAUGUCGAGAGGGCAGAAGAUGUUCUUAGUCACAAGAGAUUGCUGAAGCUGGCAGAGGACCCUGGUAAUCGACCUGUAUUUCAAGUUCGCUCAGUACAGGUGUAUCCUUAUGGAUGUGCUAAUUUUGCCGACUCAAUGCAUUCUGAUCCUUCUGAGAAAGAAGACGCCCAGAGUUCAUUUAACUAUUCUUUUAAGCAGGGAGUUCACCCACCGCCUACUUUUGGUUCAUCUUCUAAUCUCGAAGCUCUCUCCCGCCAAGCAUGUAAAAAUAAUGCUGAAGAUGGGGAUGGAGAUAUGGAUUUGGCACCAUGCUUUUACAGGCCCAUGCACGAGAUUACUUUUUCAACUGUUGACAAGCCUAAAGUCCUUAGUCAGUUAACUUCAUUACUUGGGGAGAUGGGACUGAACAUUCAAGAAGCUCAUGCAUUUUCCACCACAGAUGGGUUUUCUCUUGAUGUCUUUGUCGUCGUAGGGUGGCCAAAUGAGGAAACUGAAGAGCUUAAACGUGUACUGGAAAAGGAAAUUUUGAAGUACAAGCAGAAGCAAUAUCUGUCAAAACAGGGCAUGCCUUCUGCUGUUAAUGAACAUUACUAUCAGGCAAGGAUGGAACCCUUCCCUCAGUGUGUAGAAAUACCAUCUGAUGGAACUGAUGUCUGGGAAAUUGAUACCAACCAGCUGAAAUUUGAAAACAAAGUUGGCUCUGGGUCAUUCGGUGAUUUGUACAGAGGGACUUAUUGCAGCCAAGAUGUAGCUAUCAAAGUCCUUAAGCCUGACAAAAUAAAUACAGAGAUGUUGAGAGAAUUUGCCCAGGAAGUUUAUAUCAUGAGGAAAAUUCGACACAAGAAUGUUGUCCAAUUCAUUGGAGCAUGCACUCAGCCACCAAAUCUGUGUAUUGUUACUGAGUUUAUGUCUAGAGGAAGCGUCUAUGACUUUCUGCACAAGCAAAGGGGUGUAUUUAAGCUUCCUUCUUUACUAAAAGUAGCAAUCGAUGUUUCCAAGGGAAUGAACUAUUUGCACCAAAAUAAUAUAAUUCACAGGGACCUCAAGACUGCCAAUCUUCUAAUGGAUGAAAAUGAAGUGGUAAAGGUUGCUGAUUUUGGGGUUGCCAGAGUGCAAACUCAAUCUGGAGUGAUGACAGCUGAAACUGGAACAUACCGUUGGAUGGCUCCUGAGGUCAUUGAACACAAACCGUAUGACCAGAAGGCAGAUGUUUUUAGUUUUGGAAUAGCUCUUUGGGAGCUUCUAACAGGAGAACUGCCUUAUGCUUACCUGUCCCCAUUACAAGCGGCAGUAGGGGUGGUGCAGAAGGGUCUACGACCUUCAAUCCCCAAGAAUGCACACCCAGGGCUUUCUGAACUGCUCCAGCGAUGUUGGCAACAAGAUCCAAUUGAGAGACCGAAUUUCUCAGAAAUAUUGGAAAUUCUUCAGCAGAUAGCAAAGGAGGUUACUGACGAUCGACCCAAAGAUAAAUUAUCUCAUGGCUUUCUCUCGGCACUAAGACGGGCCUAUCAGUAAUUUUGACAACUUGGACAUCACAAUCAAAUAACUUAACUUUCUUUUAUUUUCUUUCUUUUUUUGUCUUGUACAGUGGUCUGACCAGACAAGAAGAGAACCCAUUAGCUUGUUCUGCCUUAUGAAAAUUUCGGUUAUAUUGUACUUCUGCUGCCUAAAAUUCCUUACUUUGGGUAAUUCCUUCAUCCAAACGUUCUAAUUUGCCUGUGAACGUUUAUAGAGAAUGUAUGCUAAAGGGACUGUGUAUAAAAGUAUGGGGCUCUGUGUUAUUUAGCAUUGUUGUCCUCCUUUUCCACAA